UCUUCCUUGGCGUCGCCGCCGCCGCCCGCAGAGCCCAGCACAGCCGCCGCCGCCGCCGAAGAAGAAGAAGAAGAGCAAACCCGGCGUGCGAAGAUGAAGACGAUCCUGGCGUCGGAGACGAUGGAGAUCCCGGAGGAGGUGACGGUGAAGGUGUCGGCGAAGAUGAUCUCGGUGACGGGGCCGCGGGGGACGCUGACCCGCAACUUCAAGCACCUCAACCUCGACUUCCAGCUGCAGGAAGGCGGCCGGAAGCUCAAGGUGGACGCCUGGUUCGGCACCCGCAAGACCAUGGCCGCCAUCCGCACCGCCAUCUCCCACGUCCAGAACCUCAUCACCGGCGUCACCAAGGGCUUCCGCUACAAGAUGCGCUUCGUCUACGCCCACUUCCCCAUCAACGCCUCCAUCACCGCCGCCAACCGCGGCAUCGAGAUCAGGAACUUCCUCGGCGAAAAGAAGGUAAGGAAGGUCGACAUGCUUGACGGUGUGACGAUCCUGCGGUCUGAGAAGGUCAAGGAUGAGAUCGUCCUUGAUGGCAACGACAUUGAGCUCGUCUCUCGCUCUGCUGCCUUGAUCAACCAGAAAUGCCACGUGAAGAACAAGGACAUCAGGAAGUUCUUGGACGGUAUCUAUGUCAGCGACAAGGGCGCCAUCAAGGAAGAGUAGUGGUGCGACCUAUCUGCUGCAACCCCUUUGUGUAGCUGGUAACAGAAGCUGUCCUAGAGGGUGGGUGUUUUUUGAGUGAAUCACAUGAGUUGGCUGCAAUUUGUACUGGAUAGGUCAGGGAUGUCAUGUAACUGGAGAAGGGUGUACCUUGGAGAUGUGUUUGUUUCACCGGUUGAUAAUACCUCUUGUUAUCUGUUGCUAUGUUUUGUUUGCUUGA